AUGCCCAUGGAAAGUCUCGCAAAUUCUGCCAUGGAAGUAGCCUCUCGCUCGUUAGCUUCUAACGAUUGCAGUACCAGAUUCACCGUCGGCUGCCAUUCCUUUCUGAGCAUUGUUAGGGUUAAGCGAUGGAAUGGUGUGACUCGUGCUAUCACAACUGAACCGAAGCCCAAGGCAGUCAAUCCUAGAACAUCAAGAAUUCUCGAUGGAUCUUCAAUCAACAACACUUCCACCAGAAUGGAGACAGUUUCACAAGAGAUUAGAAGAGUUAGGGCUCAGAUGGAAGAGAAUGAGCAAUUGCUAAUGGAUCUACUUUUCUCAUUCCUGGAGCCAACCCGUUCCUAUAGUGCUUUGUUGGCUGGUUACUUCAGCAAGGUGCAUCAAAAUGUACUCCAACAGCUGGUUGAUUUGAUUGGAAUUACAUCAAUCAUGGAGGUCUUGGUAAGACUUGUUGGAGCUGAUGAUCAUAUGUAUCUCGGUUCUGUGGAUGUGAUGCAGUGGUUAACAGAUAGCAAUCUACUGGAGAUGAUUGUGGAUAAAUUAAGUCCAUCAAGUUCUCUUGAAGUACAUUCAAACGCAACAGAAACUUUAUGUGCUAUAACUAGAAACACAUCAUCUCCUCUUGCCUCUAAACUUUCUACCUCAAGAGUCACCUGUUCAAGUCAAUCAAAAAACUGUAGGAGCAACGUUGCCUCAAUUCAGUACCCUUUUAAUAAUGAUUUGCAUCAUCACAUCGAGAGUAUAAUAUAUUCCUGUUUAGAAAGCACAAACAAUACUGUAAUUGAUCAUCUCUUUCAAGGAUGCCGUUUGUUUCCCAAGAUUCUUCAAACAGAAAACAAUCCCUUCCAUUCUGGAGAACAUAUACAUAUUCAGGAAAGUAUUGAAUGGAAUGAGUGGCAAGCUACAACUCUACAGGAUCGGAAUAUGGUUGAAAAUGUUUACCGAUGGGCUUGCGGGUGUGGCAAGCUACAACCCGCUGAUAUUCCAAUAACUGCUCGCACCAUCAAACCAGAUAAUCCUCGCGCCAACUAA